AUGAAUCUCCACCAACAAUCUUCCAAUUCCAGUGAAAAUCCAGAUCCAAAUCGAGCAAGUUCUCUCCAAAGCUUGGAUCCUCAAGGAAUCGCAGCUUUCUUGAGUCAGAUCUCGUCAAUUCAAGCUCACCUCAACAAGAACAAUAGCAAUCUGAGUCAGGAUCCGUCAAGCUCCUACUACCUUCACCCAUCCGAAAACCCUGGUAUUUCUCUUACCUCCAUAAUUCUUGAUGGAAAGAACUAUAAUAAUUGGAGUAAGGCUAUAAUAUUAGCAUUGAAAUCUAAAAAUAAGAUAGGGUUUAUCGAUGGAAGCUUAGAAAAACCUAAAAGAGCCGAUCCUUUGUUUGCUUUGUGGGAUAGAUGCAAUACUUAUGUUUUGGCUUGGAUAAAUCUUUCUUUAUGCUCUGAAAUUUCUCAAAGUGUAAUUUAUAACAACAUUGCCUAUGAUCUAUGGGAUGACCUGAAGUAUAGAUAUUAUCAAGGGGAUAAAUUUCGUAUGGCCGAAGUUCAGGAAGAAUUGUAUGUAGCUAGAUAG